AUUGAUAAUAUGCUGCACCGAAUCACUCUUAAUAUUGUUCGCCCUUGUCUCUACAGAGCUACAGUACCUCGAAUUGUUGCUCCUAGAUCAUUAGCUGCACUUCAAACCACACGUUCAUUUGCUUCGUCACAUGACUGGCAGCAAGGUAUAAGUCAUCCACUGAUUGACAAGAUCGCGCAGCACCCACACAUUAUGGAUCAGUUGGUGAAGUUUACCGAGGUUUUGAAAGAUAAAGGCAUCAAUGUGAACAAGCAACCUAGUUUUACAGAAAUCGUCAAGGUCAUGAGUGAUCCUGAAGUGAAGGAAAUAACAAAGAAGCUUGUUCAAGACAUGCAGGCAGCAGGUAUCACUCUUGAUAUGAAAGCGGUUCAGGAAUUACAGGCAGGUUUAGCAAAAUAUAACGAAGUAAUGGGUCAGCAAAAAGAAGAAGAAGAAAACAAAGAUCAAGGCGUGUUGAACAAAGUGAAAGGGCUCUUCAAGAAAUAAUAAAGCAUAACUUUAUUUUUGUAUGUAUACGUGACAGAUAGGACUUUCCUUUCUCCUAAAGAGAAAGAAAACGGAUGAAAAGGUCAAGCAAGAUACAAGAAUUGGGGCUUAUUGUUGAAAAAGGAUGAUUUAUUAGAAAAAGUCUGCAUAGCUUUGUUGUUGACGGGCAGGCAUUGGCGAUGAAGCAGUUUCAUAAGAUGCUAGCGCGGCAUCAAAAUCUCUAGGUGUCGGUUUCAGUCUUUUCUUGUUUUCUCCAGUCUCUUGUCCUUCUGGUAGUGCUCUCUUCUUUUUCCUAUAAUGAUCAAACUGUUAACCAUUUCUCCAAGUGUAAAAUUUAUUUAACCU